AUGGCUGCACGGCAUCCAUGGGUGUUGGUAGGCACUUAUGUACGUCAGCAUGACAAUCACACAAGAAGGUAUGACGAUGUUGUGCACAAUUCUGACAUAACAACCUAAGGCCAUAAGGACAAAUGAUGAUGUCACAAGCAUAACAUCAUUUGGAGGGGGAGCAGAGGAUGCCACUACCUGAACAUCAGCUAGAGUAGGAACACUUAGUCAUAUUUAGAAAUUAUAAGAAAUGUUGUCCAAUAGCCCAUCUAUAAAGAGGGACCCCUAAUCCCAUGUAUGAUUGACCUUUUGUUAUUAAGAAUAUUUAUUGGGUUACAUUUGGGUCAUUGGAGAUCAUAUCGCCUAGCAACCAACAAGGAACUCUUGUUGAGCAGCUGACUUUCUCGUCAUAGUGAUAUCAAAGUUAAAUUAAACCUUCUUAUCCCUCUCACCCUUCUUUGCUAGUGAGAGUUUAGUGUGAUGGGGGCGAAUGAAAGGUUGAAUACAAGUGAUACCUAAGGGUAAUGAAUUACCUGACUUACUGAAUAACAAGAGAUGACAAUAAGGGAUGUGAAGACCCUUGCGAGUCAACUACAAAUUAAGUUCAUUAGUUUAUGAGAGUAAAUAGAGGCUCAAGCAGCUCAAGUCGGGGAAUAGGCCCAUGAGGCUAUGAGCAGAAUUGAGGCCUUAUCUAAGAAACUCAAUGAAGAACCAUGGUCAAUAUAUGACUAGAUAGUGGAAAUAGCCACUUCUUAUAAAUCUCAAAAAAGAAGAAUCUCUACAUUACAAGUAGAGUUUGUGGAUCGAAUGAUCAAGUACAAUGAUAGAUAGAGGAAGCUAUGAACAACCUCUAGACAAAGAUGUGCAAUGUCUAGAGAUCUCAGAAUUAAGGUUCAUAUCUUGGAUUAUCUCAACUCAAGGCACCUGAACCUAAACCUUACUCAAGUGAGAGGGAUGUAAUGUUGAUUGAGAAUUUUCUUUAAAACAUGAGUACCUUUUUAGAAGAGAAAAAUGUUUUUCUGGUAGCUUAUUUCUUACAAGACAUGCCAAAGUAUGAUGGUAACUUCGAUUAGAGGAUAUGUCAAGACUAGCGGUGACAUGUUGGGAUGAGAUGACCAAGGAGAUUUAAGGUCAAUUCUGUCCCGCCAACUUUGAACAAGGGAGAUAUCUAAGAGUAUGUGAAUAAGUUUUCUAUGCUCUUACUAGAUGUACCUCACAUGGAUAAAGAAGACAAGUCCCAUUAUUUCAUAGAAGGGUUUCAAACAUUGGCUCAUGAUAUUCGUACUACCAUGUUGGUGACAAAUCAAUUGAUGACACCUCUCAGAGGAACAAAGGGUGCAGCAAUAAUCAUGAAUGAGGGGGUCCAUUAUUGA